AUGUCCCAUCCGCCUCCUUCAAACAAACCGAACGAGCUGACGUUCGUGUUGGUGGAUGGCCAACAGCCACCCCAACGCAAGGCAGCCCCAAAGCUUUACCACAAAAAGUCCAAAACGGGUUGCCAAUUAUGCAGAACGCGCCGCGUAAAGUGUAAUGAAGCCAAGCCCACCUGCCACCACUGCCAACGCCUAGGCCAACUCUGCGUCUAUGACCGACAAGCACCUGGGGGCUCUCCUAGCACCGACAAAGAGGAGGAGACAGUGGGCACCGAAAGUGCAGUAGUAGUUGACGAGGGUGCCCCGAACGAUCGGCACUACCGGCACGGGUCGGGAAUAUUCAAACGCGAGUCCGAGGAGCGCCGACGGCUUGAGCUGAAGCUUCUAACCCAUUACUUCACGGAAACGGGACGAUCUAUUGCUGUAGACGAAGAAGGGAACCACUUCUGGGUUAAUGUAAUAUGCAGCAUGGCUUCUGAAUCUGACGCAUUGCUCUAUGCUAUAUACGUGCUUUCAACAUUACAUCUCAACAGAAAGGGGCAAUUCCCUGGCGCUGAACCGGAAGUCGUAAGGGCGUAUUUAAGUAUAGCCCUCCAACUGCACCAGAAGGACAUUUCAGAAAUCAGCAAGAGCAACUGCGACCACGUCUGCAUGACGUCGAAUAUUCUCCGCGUGUAUAGCUUCGCCGAACUGCAAGACCGACCUCUGGAUCCAUACGAGCCCCCAUCCGAGUGGCUUAGGAUGGUGGAGUCCAGUAGCAGUGUGUUUGCAAAAGCAUGGGACUUUUACAAGGAUGGGGGUAACCCGGAGCCUGUGGCGGUGAAGAUGGUAAAGACUCUCUCUAAUUCGCUUCGCAGCGCCGGUAGGCGAGCUAAGAGAGAGCACUUUGCGUACCUAAUGAGUCGGAAGAGCGAAUGUGAAAUGCAAGAGAGCUGGGACAACAGAGAUGUAGAAGCCUACGAGGCCACUGUCAUGUUCCUCGAAGGCGUCUGGAGUUCAUACUGCGAUAAGCUUGAGCCCAGAAGUAGCAUUGGGCGUAACGUCGCCUGUUUCCCGAUGCUGGUCCACAAGUGUUUUGUUGAGAAGGUCGAGGAGCGACAACCGCGGGCGUUGGUAAUGUUAGCACACUACUUUGCCCUGCUCACGAUCUUGCGUGAGGCAUGGUGGAUUGGCGAUGUUGGACAAAGGGAGGUCUACGCCAUUUUCAACGCCGUGCCAAGCGCAUGGAGGAGCCAUCUCACUUGGCCAAUGCAAUUCGUCAACAAAGAAAAGGAGUCUGAGGGGGGUUCGCGUCUAUGGGGGUAG